UUUCUCGGCGUGUGUGAAGUUUUUGUUGAUUUGAUUCAAACAAAUUUUGUCUUUUUUUUUGGUUUUUUUCUUGAUUAAAUAACCGAAAAUUAAAAAUUUCAACAAUGUCUGAUAGUAAAAAAACAGUAUCGGAUGAUAAAAAACGUGUCAAACGUAAGCGAGUAUCGAAUCCAGCAACUCCUGGACGAUUGUAUGUAAAAGCAGUGUUUACUGGUUACAAACGAUCACAUCGAAACCAAUAUGAAAAUACUGCUUUAUUGAAAUUGGAAGGUGUGGAUAAACGUGCCGAAACUGAUUUCUAUUUAGGUAAACGAUGUGCAUUCGUUUACAAAGCAAAAAAUACGAAACCAGUACCAAAACGACCGGGCAAACUAAGUAAAUUUCGUGUCAUCUGGGGUAAAGUGACUCGUUCGCAUGGUAAUUCGGGUGCUGUACGUGCUAAAUUUCACAAAAAUUUACCACCAAAAGCUAUGGGUCGUCGUGUUCGAGUUAUGUUAUAUCCAUCGAGAAUAUAAACAAGACCUAAAUUUUCAACAAAUGAUUCUUAUGAUAAUUUUUUUUUAUAAAUAAAAAAACAUUUUUUGAAUGA